GGGGGGGAGGUCCUCCCUGGCCCAGGCCCCUCCCUCGCCAGCCCCCUUCUGCUUGGUCUCCCUCUCUCGGGGAUUUGUUGGCACCUCUGAUUCGCACAGACAGAACAUGGCAGAAGAUUCCUUCUGGUUCCUUCUGAUCUCUUGGAGACUUCCUGAGAGCAGAGAUGGAUGAGCAAGACUCAGUUGGUCCUGAAAUGGGAAGAGACCAUGAUAUGCAAACUGGGAGAAGCGGGGGAUUAUGGGAAAACUCCAUGCAAAGGUUCCUGGGUGAGGAGGACAUUCCCCGCUCUGAUGUACGGAGCCAGCCGUUCAGGCAGUUAUGCAACCAGGAGGCCGAAGGACCUCGAGAGGUUUGCAGCCGGUUCUGCCAACUAGACCAUCAGUGGCUGAAGCCAGAAAGACAUACGAAAGCUGAGAUGCUGGACCUGGUGAUCUUGGAGCAGUUCCUGGCUGUCCUUCCCCCGGAGAUGGAGAGCUGGGUGAAGGAAUGUGGAGCGGAGACCAGUUCCCAGGCGGUGGCCCUGGCCGAAGGUUUCCUCCUGAGUCAGGCAGAGGAGAGGAAGCAGGCAGAGAGAAAGCAGGGAAAGGAUCUGUUAGCAGAAAUGGGUCCCGAUUCCUCUGCAGCAGAAAGGACUCCGUUGGGCACCGGAGAGAGGCCAAUGGGUGAGAGAACGAUGGCAGCAAGACCUCCUCCUCCGUCUUUUCAUGGUGGCGAAGGGGAAGCAGCGGCUGUGGAACCAGAUCAGGGUCCGGUGAGCUUUGAAGAUGUCGCUGUUCGUUUCACAGACGAGGAAUGGGCAUUGCUGGAUCCUGACCAGAGAGCUCUGCAUAAGGACGUCAUGGAGGAGAAUCGUGGGAUCCUGCACUCUCUCCGUGGUGAUGGAUUGGAAAUGAAGAAUGGAGACCACAACAGAAUCCACACAGUGGAGAAGCCAUAUCAAGAUUGGGAGUGUGGAGAGAGCUCCAGUCAGAGCUCCCGUUCCCAUCGAAGAAAGCACAGUGGGAAGAAAGGCUAUCAGUGCUCAGAAUGUGGGAAGAGCUUCAGUCACAGCGCCACUCUCACUUCUCAUCAAAGAAUUCAUACAGGAGAGAAACCCUAUAAGUGCUUGGAAUGUGGGAAGACCUUCCGUCAGAGGACCAACCUAAAGACCCAUCAAAGAAUUCAUACAGGAGAGAAACCAUAUCAGUGCUUGGAAUGUGGAAAGAGCUUUAAUACAAGCACAAAUUUUCAUCGACAUCAAAGUAUUCAUCUUGGGGAGAAACCAUUUAAAUGCCAAGAGUGUGGAAAGAGCUUCAGUCGGAGUGCCCAUCUCAUGGGCCAUCAAAUUAUUCAUACAGGGAAGAAACCGUAUCAAUGUCUGGAAUGUGGAAAGAGUUUCAGUCACAGCGCCACUCUCUCUUCCCAUCAAAGAAUUCAUACAGGAGAGAAACCCUAUAAGUGCUUAGAAUGUGGAAAGAGCUUUAAUACAAGCACAAACGUUCAUCGACAUCAAAGUAUUCAUCGUGGGGAGAAACCAUUUAAAUGCCAAGAGUGUGGAAAGAGCUUCAGUCAAAGUACUAAAUUCACGGCCCAUCAAAGAACUCACAGUGGGGAGAAACCCUAUCGUUGCUUAGAAUGUGGUAAGAGUUUCAGUGUAAGCACCUAUCUCACUUCCCAUCAAAGAAUUCAUACAGGGGAGAAACCCUAUCAGUGCUUGGAAUGUGGAAAGAGCUUCAGUCACAGGGCCCAUCUCACCGUCCACCAAAUAAUUCAUACAGGGGAUAAACCAUAUCAGUGUUUAGAAUGCAGAAAGAGCUUCAGUCAGAGGGCCCAUCUCACAGCCCACCAAAUAAUUCACACAGGGGAGAAGCCCUAUCAAUGCUUGGAAUGUGGAAAGAACUUUAGUCGGAAGGAGAGUCUCACUUCCCAUCGAAGAAUUCAUACAGGGGAGAAACCGUAUCAGUGCUUGGAAUGCGGAAAGAAAUUCCAUCAGAAGGAAACUCUCAAUUCCCAUCAAAAAAUUCAUACCAAGGAGAAACCUUAUCAGUGCUUUGAAUGUGGAAAGAGCUUCAAGUUCAAGAGGAGUCUCACAUCACAUCAGAGAAUUCAUACGGGGGAGAAACCCUAUCAGUGCUUGGAAUGUGGACAGAGCUUCAGCCAGAAGGUAAGUCUCACUUCACAUCAACUAAUUCACAGUGGAGAGAAACCAUUUCGAUGCCCAGAGUGUGGAAAGAGCUUCACGCAGAGGACAGGUCUUAUGCUCCAUCAAAGAAUUCAUACAGGGCAAAAAACAUUUCAAUGCUUGGAAUGUGGAAAGAGGUUCCGUCGGAACUCCCAUCUCACUUCCCAUCAAAUAAUUCAUACAGGAGAGAAACCAUUUAAAUGUGAAGAAUGCGGAAAGAGCUUCAGUCAUAAGGUCAGUCUCACUUACCAUCAGAGAGUUCAUACAGGGGAGAAACCCUACCAGUGUUUGGAAUGUGGAAAGAGCUUCAAUCAGAGAGCCGGUCUCACUUCCCAUCAAAAAAUUCAUACAGGGGAGAAACCACAUCAGUGCUUGGAAUGUGGGAAGAGCUUCAGUCAUAGGGCCAAUCUCACUUCUCAUCAAAUGAUUCAUACAGGGGAGAAACCAUAUCAGUGCUCAGAGUGUGGAAAGAGCUUCCGUCAGGGGGCAAAGCUCACUUACCAUCAAAUAAUUCAUACAGGAGAAAAACCAUAUGAGUGCUUGGAAUGUGGACAGAGUUUCAGCCAGAAGGGAAGUCUCACUUACCAUCAGAAAAUUCAUACAGGGGAGAAACCAUAUCAAUGCUCGGAAUGUGCAAAGAGUUUUAAUAAAAUCACAAACCUUCGUCAACAUCAGAGAAUUCACAGUGGGGAGAGACCCUAUCAGUGCUCCGAAUGUGGAAAGAGCUUCAGUCAGAGCUCCCAUCUCACUUCCCAUCAGAUGAUUCAUACAGGGGAGAAACCCUAUCAGUGCUCGGAAUGUGGGAAAAGCUUCAUUCAGAGCACCCAACUCACUUCCCAUCAAAGAAUUCAUACAGGGGAGAAACCAUAUCAGUGCCUGGAAUGUGGAAAAAGCUUCAGUUGGAAAGAAGGUCUCACUUCCCAUCAAAUAAUUCACAGUGGGGAGAUACCAUUUCAAUGCCAAGAGUGUGGAAAGAGCUUCACAAGGAGGGCAGGUCUCACUUUGCAUCAAAGAAUUCAUACAGGGCAGAAACCCUAUCAGUGCUUGGAAUGCGGGAAGAGCUUCAGUCGGAAGGAUAGUCUCAAUUUACAUGCAAGAACUCACACGGGGAGGAAACAUUUUAAUGCUAGAAAUGUGGAAACAGCUUCACCUUCAACUGGAAUCUAGCUCCCCACCAAACAAUCCAUACAAAGCAUAUCAGGGCUUAAAAUGUAGGGAAGACUAAUAAAGAUCCAUACUUCCAUAAACACCACAGUGGGUAAUUUGGGGAGAAAGUAUUUCAUUGCCAAGAACGUGGAAAGAGUUUAAGUCAGAGGGAAAAUUUCAAACCCAAUCAAAAAACUCACGGCAGGGCAAAGCUAUAUUAGUGCAUGGAAUGUGGAUAGAGCUUUAGUAAAGGCACCUGUGUCACAUCCCAUCAAUCAAUUUACAGUGAAUAGAAACAUAGUAAUGGGUGUGUAUUAUUUUAAGGGAGACUUUGAUUUUUACAGGGGCAACAACUGGAACAAUGCUCUUCUCAUUCAGCAGCCCAGCACCAGAUCUUGACUAGGGGCACAUUUUUGUCAGUGUCUCGCAUAUAUUCCCCAAGUAGGUGACCCUGUUCUGCUUUCUCCCCAGUGAUAACAGAGACUAAGUCCAGCACAACAAAUGAGGUACUUUUGAAACCAUUCUGGGUGGCAGGGUCUCCAGCCAAGGCCUUGCGACCCGUUUCACAUGAGGUCUUGUGUCCCACACAUUGUUGGUUCUAACCUUGUGAAGUUUUGCUCUUCUCCAGAUUUGAAAACCACUUCCUCCAAUUAAACGUGAUGGCAGUCUUGCUGCUGUAAUCAUUUAUUGAAGUAAUCUUCCAGAAUCCUUUUCUAAUAGCGUGUCCAGAAAGAGUUCUGCCUUCAACUGAACUUUUUUGUUUGUUGUUGUUUGUAUAUAAAAAUUGCUUUUAUUUUUUAUCUAUGUCAUUUAAAAUAAUAAUAAU